AUGGCGGACUGUGUGGAUAGGGCGGGAAUGCCUCAACCCUCCGCCCCUCCCACUCGCCUUCACGUUCUUCCCUCCCUCCCUCCCUCCCUCCUUCCCUCCUCCAGGCCGUUUAAAUACUCCCACAAGACCCCUACACACUGGCCCUACUCGCCCCCAAAUGGCCUCCAGUGGUCCCUAGUUACCUCCAAGUGGUCCCCAAACGGUCCCUCUGUCGCCUCAAGAGUCCCAGUGGUCCCGGCAGUCCCUCCAGCCAGCCACACCAAGCCACACCAAACUACACCAAGCCACAUCAAAUCACCCACAGGCCCCAGUAAGCCACACCAAGCAUCAAAACGCCACACCAACUCUUACCAAGCCAUGCCCAAGCCACACCAAACACCAAAAAGCCAUCCCAAGCCACCCAUAAGCCACACCAUACCCCAGCAAGCCCCCGUCUCGCACACUAACAGCUCCCCACCCAGCCCCGCCUCAGCCCCGCCCCACCCAGCCCCGGAAGCUCGCCCACCUCUACCUUCCACUACCUGUGUGAUGGGCGUGAAACUCAGUAUUACCUGUUAA